AACAGUGAAGGGAGAAGGGGGAGCUCGAGGGAGAAGAGGGGAAGAGAGGAGGGGACGACGCGGCUGGGUCCUUCCCGCCGUCGUCGUUGUCGUUGAGGCGCCGGAGGAGAGAGAGAUUUGCUUUGCAGAGGCGUUGAGGGAGAGAGGGAGCCGCGCUCUGCUGCCGAUCCGCCACCGAACUGCCGCACGCGGGGAGCCAUUGCCAUCGCGAGCUGUAGCGCCGCACAGUCCAGCCACCGUGACCUCCGUAGAGCCACCGUCGUUGCGCUGUUCCGCCGUCACCGCUGUUGCCCUAGAGCUCGCCGUCGUCAUUGAGCAGGACGGAGAUGAGAGAGAGCGCGAGCGAGAGAACAGAGAGUCUUAUUGAAGACCUCCCUUUGAAGGUGUAAAGUGUACAACCUUUAGACUCUGUAUUUUUUUUCCAGCUUCUAAUGAAAAAUUUGAAUCUCUGAGACUUAAUAAGUAUGUUCCAUCGUGCAUUGAACCUCUGGAAGUCAUGAUUCAGUAUGGUAAAGAUUAUGAAUUUGAUGCUCCAGUGAAGCUCCUAGAGAAACAUCUACAUGCUAUGGCACAAUCUGUUGAUGAGCAACUUCUUGUUAUUGCUUUCAAUGAUAAGCCUGUGAAGAAUUUGAAGGGCUUGGCCACCAUGGUUGAGAACUGUGAUGAUGAGUUUCUAAAGUUUGAUCUGGAAUACCAACAGGAUGUGACAGCAACUAAAAGAAAUGAAUUUGAGGAUUAUUUUUUGAAGCGAGAGUUGCUCAUGGGAAUAUAUGAGAAGGGUUUUGAAAGGCCUUCUCCUAUCCAAGAAGAAAGCAUUCCAAUUGCUCUUACUGGUAGUGACAUUCUUGCAAGGGCUAAAAAUGGGACAGGCAAAACAGCUGCAUUUUACAUUCCUGCAUUGGAAAAAAUUGACCAGAAACAAUCUAUUCUGGCAUAGUCCAAAUUGUAUUGCUCUCACGCCUGUGGAACAAUUUUGUUAAUAGUGUCUACUUAGUGUUAGUAUAUAUAUUAUUAUAUAAAACUAAGAUUAAGACAAGUGUAUUUACUCAACUAUAUUGAUAUGUUAGCUGGUUACUUUAAUCACAACUUAUCUUAAUUGUUGAUUA